GCAAGGUGGCCUCACUGCCCACAAUCAAGAUGGCGUCCUGCGAGAAGCGGCGCUCAGCUCCGGCCCCAGCACCGCCGACUGGGAGUGGGCUCGUGGAGCCGGUUCGGGCGGGAUCCGGAGGCCGAGAGCCGGAGACCGAGGCUGAGUUCCUGCUCCAAUCCGGGGUGACGUCCAUGGUGCGGGAGGCGCUGCUGAAGGUGCUGGAGGCGCGGCCCGAGGAGCCCGUCUCCUUCCUGGCCAGUUACUUCGAAAAGCUGGUGCUGAGCGGCCCCCAGGGCGGUGCUGCCGGGGACGGGCACGGGCAGCAGCAGCGCCUCGUCCGGGCCCUGUGGUACGUGCGCCUGGCCCACCAUUCACACAGGACUGCCUUUAACAACAACGUCAGCAUGGCUUACGAGUGCCUGAGUGCCAGAGGCAGGAGGAAGAAGCCAGGAGUCAAUGGGAGAAUCUACAGUGAGUUGCUCAAAAAGAUCUGCCAAGAUGGGGAAGCCCCCGAAGAGGUUGUUUCUUCUUUGCUGAGGAAGAUCCAGUGCCGGGACCAUGAGGCAGUGCCUUUUGAUGUCUUCCGUUACGGGGUGCUCAGCUGCUUCGUUUUUCUUGAGUUUGUCACCAAGGCUGAUACUUUGUACGAUGUACUUGAUGAUGGUUCUGGCAUGGCAGAUAAAAGGGUUUGCCAGGCAGUCCUGGACACUCUGGAAGACGCUCUCGGAGCCAGCGACUUCUCUGUCCCCAUCCGUUACUUGGAGGCCGGCUCCAAGCUGGGACCAGACUGUUUGGCUUUGGCCAUGGACAAAGCAUUGCUAGAGAGGAAGAUUUGCUCCUCCAUGAACAGGGAAGAGUUUCUAAAGAAAGCCACAGCCCUAUUCAUUGCAAAAGUAAAACCCAUUGACUGAUGCUCUCCAGUGGGGACAACACUCCCUAUGUUAGGGCUUCAAAUGGAGCAGAUUAUUCUGGGGAAACAUCAAAUCCUGGGACUUCAGGUGGCCACAGGGGGAGCAAGGUGGGCCUGCCAGUUCCUGUCCUUGCCUGAAGAGCUCUGGACCUACUUGACUAGAGAAUGCUUGUCCUAAAUUUCCUAUUCACCUCCUAACUCCAUCCUGAACACCUUAAAUGCCAGCCACCUGUAGCAUUUCAUCUGCUGGCUUAUAUAUCCACAACUGAGAACCUCCCUUUUAAAAAUGUUUUAUUUCCAAUAGCUAUUGUAAACCUCUGCUUAUAGCUUGGGGAACAUCCAGGGAAACCCAGGAAUUCCAGGGCAGUGCUUGAAACUAAAAAUGAGCCAUUGUGGCCUGAGCACAGGACUUGGAGUUAGGGACUUCUGAGCUGUGGUCCUGCUCUGCCACUGAUAUAUUUUGUAGCUUUGGGCAAGUCACUUAGGUUCUGUUUUUCCUGUUUAUAAAAUGGGGGUAAAACCUUCUUCAGAGGGUUGUGUUGAGGCAUAACAGGUAAAUGCAGCACUUGGAGGAUUUAAAGUACUAUUUCAGUGUUAUUAAUUAAGUGAUGUCAUUUUGUUAAAUAGGUAAGAUGAUGAAUAUCUGGCAAGAAAUGAGAUUUCAUCAAAAGCAGA